AUGAAAUCAUCUUCUAGAUUCCCCUCUUUUGAGAGGAAGCUCCCGGGAAAGGUCUUAGAUGCUUUAUUCGAUCCUCCAGAUAGCGAGAGCCGUAGCCACACCCAUCCUGCUGCUGGCGUGUCUCCUCCAAAGUUUGACAUGGUCUGGACUUGGGUAAAUGGAUCUGACCCAUUACAUUGGAAAACUCUGGCAGCAUCGAAGAACAUGAAGGUGACGCUGAGGAAUCGAAGCCUUCCGCCUGGUGACCUCUCUGAAAGUGAUUUUGAAUCCCAUUAUCGUCGAUCACCGCUAUACGGAGCUGUACAUUCCUCAGGACCAAGUUCGUGGCCUGGAGGCUCAAAAUUGUAUCGAGAUCAUGAUGAACUGCGCUUUUCGAUACGUUCGGCGAUACAGGCGCUUCAUGGACAUCUCAGGAAGCUACAUGUUGUUGCGGGCGAUUUCGCCAUGCCGCCAGAGGCCGUGAACCGGACAUUGUCGCUUUCCCCAGAACUUCUCAGAUCUUUUCAUCAAUAUCGCCUCGGACAGAUCCCUCAGUGGCUCAGGCCUGGGAAGGUAGUGAAUGGCGAGAUCAGAGAAGAAUGGGACGAUGCAGGGGCUGGCGCCCAUCUCAAUGUUCUUCAUCACAGUCAGUUUUUCGAGGAUUACAAGGGUACUGUGUUCGAUAGUUUUGCGAUUGAGUCGCAAUUGAGUCGUAUUCCUGAUAUUUCAGAGCAUUUCAUCUAUAUGAACGACGACUACUUCCUAACGAGCCCUCUGGGUGCAGCCGACUUCUACACUCCACAAUAUGGUGUUGUGCUUCGAGUGCAACCAGACUUGCUUGUUACGUCGUCCAAUCCAUCUCUUGAUAAUCCGGAUGGAGAAUGGAGGCCGUUGCGCUACACGAACUGGCUUUUAGACCAACGUUAUGGAGUGCGAAGCCGUCCGUAUUUAACUCACAUGGCCAAGUCACUCUCACUUCCCAUUCUCAGCGAGAUAUCGUUGAUGUCACACCCGAAUUCAUCGAAUGCCCAUCCCUUCAUUUCGAUACGGGAAGCACUCCUGCGCACAUCCCACCAUUUAUUCCGUGGACAGUUUUCGGGGACAGUUGACCAUGACGAUGCGUACUUGAUCUUCUUCUUUGGGCACCACGUUGUUGAGAGGUGGAGAGAACUUUUGUUGUGGUCCUGGCUUGUUGGACGGAUUGGCGGAUUGAACGAUGAGUGGAGGCGCGACGUCGAAGGUGUCCAAGCUUGGCAGGAGCUGGCGGGUAACACUUCAGCGACGAGGGAAUCCGAACCAGUUCUCAAUAUCGGGUUAGCGGGACGGACUACGCUUCGGAAAGAGGUCGUCGAUAAUGCACUUGGGACCCGCAGGACUUCUGCUACAGAGUAUGUUUUCUCAUCUAUGGACGGAUACCCGUAUUCGGGGCUCGAACAUACCAAGCAGUUCCCUCAGUAUACCCAAGACUCAAUAUGGGCCCUGAAACACAGCAACCUACACAUAGACUGCAAAAUUACCUAUGGGACAUGCUUUCCGAAUAACUUAAAUUCUGCAAGUGGGUUGUUCAAGCAUGUGGCUUUCUCCAAUCUCGACUGCGGGGAUUGCAUCAUUCGAGCGUUGAUUAUAAGAAGUGGAUCGUCGGGGUUGAAAGCGUUCCUACCCACUCGAGACCGUGUUGUACCUGCACGGAUGGAAACUGAGGAGGACGUGGAGCACACAUUUCAGGAGGAUCCUCAUCUCCCCUUGGGUUCAACAUGGGAAGAACUGGAUUUCUCGCUUGAAACUGUCCUUGCACACUGGACGCGUCAUCGGGAAGGAGAAGCCAGUGUCAAUCUCCGGAUAUGGGUAAUGCGGGCACUUGAACGGUAUCGUUUUGUCAUAGGCAACACAAGGACGGAGUUCAUCCAGUUAAGAUCUCUUGUCUCAGUUUCCCGUCAGCUAGAAAGCCUCCGUUUGAUGAUCAAGGAGAAGAGUUCUCACCCGGUUGCGAUGGUGUGUGUGAACGAUGAUUUGUCGAUGCAUGCGAGUUGGGUUUUGGGCAUGUAUCAAAAGUGGGCGCGGGGUCUUUGGCCAAGGAAAAGUGCAUGGGAACGCGCGGGUGAUUUAUAG